GCUAAAUAUAGUGUAUUUCUCAUCUAUUUAUAAUUUUCAAGUAUGUUUGUUAAUUUUUUACCUUCUUUGGUUACAGGUGUGCAUUAUUUACGUUCUUGCUGUCUCGGUGUUAAUGCACAGAACAAAUCUUGUAUUUCUGAUACCAAUCGUUUCAAAAUAUUUACCAACUUCAGAAGAAGCAGUUUAUUUUUUUCAUACUUCACCUACUUAUGCAAAUAACACUAUUGGUUUUAGAUCAGAGCUGUGGAUAGAUAGAUAUUUCAAACACAAUCAUCUACCAGUGGCAGUAACAUUUUGCAUAGUUUGCAUUCUGGUUUUAUUUUCCAAAUUUGCUGUGAAGAAGUUUUGCAAGGAAAUGUCUAGUGUCUCGCCUUCUGAACUUUCAUAUAUGGAGUUACAAUCGGGUGUCCAUUUGAAUAAAUUUUAUCGCCGAGAAGAACACAUACGUCCAGCUCAAAAGUGGCGCAACAAUCCUAAAUACUGUGCAGCAUUAUUGAGAUGGUCAGAAUUAUUAUGCCUGCAUAGUCAACUAUUACUUGGAAAUGAAAUGUAUGAAUGCUUAUGUGCGCAGAAUAAUAUUGAUGUUGUUGUGCCUAAUUAGGUCUGUAGAUUUCAUGUGAAGCUCCUUCUAUAGCUCCUACGGCGGCAGAAAAUUUACCCCAGGUACAUUUCAUACAUCUCCAUUGGUCCACAGACGGCCAUAGAUGAACUAUUUAAGUUUAAAAUAAAAUACUGGAAUCUUCUGUUACUGUUGUCACACUUAUAUUAAACAAAAAUCCAAAAUUGUUUCUGGUGUUUAGUCUGUCACCUCAUAAAUUUGAAAGCGAUGCUGAGCAGUGGAACGAAAAAGCUUUCAGCCACCAUAUACAUGUAUAUAUUGAUCUGAUCCAACCAAGCGAUACCUUAUGUCUAAAAGAGAGUCAGGUGGCGAACGUAAGAGAAUGAAAAUAUCCCGUUAUAAGGCAACGUAUUUACUUGUAUCCGGGGAUAAGCGGACCAAUGCCGAUUAAAGGACAGAAUGCUCCUUACUUGACGAUUCAUAAUAACUGCAAAUCGUAAAAUCAAUGAAAUUCAUCUUGAUUUAAACAUCUUUUAUUGAGAAUAUUUGUACAUGUGUAAAUAACAACAUAACACUUAUAUCAAUAAUAAAUUCAUCUUGAUGAACAAAAGAAGACGAAACAGAACGCCGCAAGCGAACACAUAUUUGACGUACAGACAUAUUGUAGUGGUUUAUGUGCCACAAAAGACACCAACUAUGAAAUAAAUGAGUUUCAUGAAAUAAAUGUUUGAAAUAAAAUUUGAAAGCUACCUAAGCAAAGCAAUUACCAAAACUAGAUCCGGCCCCUACAAUAGCAAUGUCGUUGUAAAACAAACAUUGAACACGAGUUUAAUGUGCAAUGUUCUUGUAUAACACAAAUUUGUACACUACGUGUUUAAAGAAUUAUGUAUUUUUGGAAAUAAAAUAACGGAUAACAACAAAUAAUGUAAGUAGAAUUAAUUAAAUACCACUUGAUGUUCAAACUGCUUACCUUUAUUUUUUUUUCAAACUUUUUGACAUUCUAUCAAUAAAUUAAAAACAAAAUAUAAGCAAAUAAUUAAGAGAUAACGGAAAACCGAAAGCCUUUUGAAAAACCGAUACACAUUUCCACGAAAUUCACAAUCGAAAAAGUCAAUAGCAACAAAUAACAGAGCCACUUAAAUAGAAAAAAUGCAAUUUAUACAACUGCUUAUAUUUUACAUCAGCUCAAUUCAUAUUUAUAAAUUGUGA